CACGCGCGCAGACCUGCGAACCCGGCAAGCUGCGCGGAGUUCCGAGCCCCUGGCCGCCCUGGCCCUUGUGGCCAGGGAGCGCCUCACGAGGUAAGGCGCUCGCCUGGCCGGCUCCUGGAGUGCUCCUGCCUUCUCGCGCCCGCCCUGGCUCCGAAUUCAGCCUCGUCACACCCGCUCCUCAGAGCCGAUGGCACAGUCCGGGCCCGGGUCGGCGACGAGGAGUCGCGAGAAAAGCAGCGCCUGGGGUUUGCUUUUUUAUUUGCGUGUGUGUAUCAUUCACAGAUGUCUACUAGUAAUAGGCAGCAUAACAAAAUGAGUCCAUGGAAACGGUUGCUAGGCUGACUUAACAGCAGCCUACGGAAGUUUUCAGACGCUUAGGUAACAAUGGAGCUACUGAACCAAUGCAGCGCCCCUUCCGGUUUCUUCAUCUCUCGCCUAGCUCAGCUUUCCCAGGGUUGCCUUUGACCCCGGAAGUGAGGCUUUCCGGGUUCCUCCCUCCCUAAGAUGGCAGCAGCCGAAGACGAGUUACUGUUACCGCGGCUCCCUGAGCUGUUCGAAACCAGCAAGCAGCUUUUGGACGAACUGGAAAUCGCAACUGAGCCCACCGGCUCCCGAAUAAUCCAAGAUAAGGUGUUCAAGGGACUGGAUCUCCUGAAGAAGGCUGCUGAAAUGUUGUCGCAGCUCGACUUGUUCAGCCAAAAUGAAGAUUUGGAGGAGAUCGCGUCCACCGACCUCAAGUACCUGAUGGUGCCAGCAUUUCAAGGAGCGUUCGCCAUGAAACAAGUCAAUCCCAGCAAGCGUCUAGAUCAUUUGCAGUGGGCUCGAGAACACUUUUUAAACUACUUAACUCAGUGCCAGCACUAUCAUGUGGCAGAGUUUGAGCUGCCCAAAACCAAGACCAACUCAGCUGAAAAUAACACUGCUAAUUCCUCCAUGGCCUAUCCUAGCAUCGUUGCUAUGGCAUCUCAGAGACAGGCUAAAAUAGAGAGAUACAAGCAGAAGAAGGAGGUGGAGCAUAGGUUGUCUGCACUGAAAUCUGCUGUGGAAAGUGGUCAAGCAGAUGAUGAGCAUGUUCGUGAAUAUUACCUCCUUCACCUUCGAAGGUGGAUUGGUAUCAGCUUAGAAGAGAUUGAGAGCAUUGACCAGGAGAUAAAGAUCUUGAGAGAAAAAGACUCCACAAAAGAGGCAUCAACUUCUCAGUCAUCUCGUCAGGACAGGCCUCCAAUGAAACCGUUUGUUCUCACUCGGAACAUGGCCCAAGCCAAAGUAUUUGGAACUGGUUAUCCAAGUCUGGCAUCUAUGACAGUGAAUGACUGGUAUGAACAGCAUCGGAAAUUUGGAGUAUUACCAGAUCAGGGAAUAGCCAAGACAACGUCAGGUAAGGGAAGAUCAUCAUAACUACAAGAUCAACUAGUAAUGGGCAUCUGUGUAAGCAGAAAGAGUUGGCCAUCUGAAAGACCUGAAAACGGGAGAAUUCCAAAACAGCAAACAGUAUUCACUAAAAAGUGUGGCAUUCUGACAGGUGUAAGGUGCUGUUUCAUUGCAUUUGAGGUGGUUUUGAUUCACAUUUCCCUCGUGAUUAGUGAUGUUGAGCAUCUUUUCAUGUGCCUGUUGGUCAUCUGUGUGUCUUCUUUGGAAAAUGUCUAUUUAGAUCUUCUGCCCAUUUUGUAAUCAGAUUGUUUGUAUUGAGUUGUCUGAGUUCUUAAUAUAUUUUGGAUAUUAACCCCUUAUCAGACAUAUCAUUUGCCAGUAUCUUCUCCCAUUCGGUAGUUUUUUGUCUUGCUGAUGGUUCCCUUUGCUGUGCAAAAGCUUUUUAGUUUUCAUAUGGUCCCAUUUGUUUAUUUUUGCUUUUGUUGUCCUUGCCUGAGGAGACUGAUCAAAAAAGAAAAUAUUGCUAAGACUGACUUCAAAGAACAUACCACCUAUGUUUUCUUCUAGAUGUUUUAUGGUUUUAGAUCUUAUAUUUAAGUCUUUAAUUCAUUUUGACUUUAUUUUUGUAAGCGAUGUGAAAAAAUGGUCUAGUUUUAUUUUACAUAUAGCUAUCGUGUUUUCCCAACACCACUUAGCCAUAAAAAAGAAUGAAAUCUUGCAAUUUGUGACAAUAUGGAUGGAUCUGUAGGGUAUUAUGCUAAGUGAAAUAAGUCAGAGAAAGAUGAAUACUGUAUGUUUUCACUUAUAUGUGGAAUCUAAAAUAUAAAAAAAAAUGAGCCCCCCAAACCCAGAAACAGACUCAUAGAUACAGAGAACAAACUAGUGGUUGCCAGAAGGGAGAAGAAUGGGAGGAUGGGUGCAAUAGGUGAAGGGGAUUAAAAGAUAUUUACCAGUUAUAAAAUAAAUAAGUCACAAGGAUGUAACUUAUGGUACAAAGAAUACAGUCAAUAAUAUUAUAAUACCUUUGUAUGAUGCAUAACCUGUACAAAUAUAGAAUCACUGUGUUGUACAUCUGAAACAAAUAUUGUAAGUCACCUAUACUUCAAUUAAAAAAU